UUUUUUUUGAUUUUAUAAAAUUUGUUGUUUUCUUGACACGAACUCGAGGCUUCCCGUCCGGAAGCGGAAAAGAGGUGUCGAUCGUUUCAGAGGAGGAGCCACUGGAAUGAUGAAGAAGCAAAGCUCCUCUCUCUGACCAUCGAUGAGCAGACUUGGAAGAUUCGAGAUUCCGAUUUGGGAAGAGUUCGAGGUUUCUUCGGGAAGGUUAUAGGGCAAUCUUUUAGUGUAACCGGUUUCAUCCGUGAAGGGAAAGAGAAACCACUAAAGGCGAUCGACUUUCGAUAUUUUUUUGCGUCAUGUCGGAUAUCCGGAAAUGGUUCAUGAAACAGCACGACAAGGGAAAUGGAGCCCUCCCCAAGUCAGAGAAACCUGCCAAGGACGUGCAAUCUCCAAAACCAGAUCAGAUUCCAGUGGACGAACCAAGCUCGGGUAGAAGGAAAACUAGCAAAUACUUUGCGUCUGCUGCCGGGCUAGGAGCAGGGGAGAAGCAGAAACCGGAAGAAGAUAUUAAACCUGAGAAGAACUCUGCAAAAAGAAAGGCACAGAAGAGCACUGAAGUUGAGGAAGAGGCUGAAGAUACCAGAACACCUGUGGGAAAGAAGAUACAUAAAGGUCGUGACGACGAUGAUGAGGACUUUGUAGUGCCGAGUGCUAAGAAGAAAGUGGUCGAAGUCACACCUAAGAAGGACGCUAAGAGGUUGAAGAGCGGUUCAGGCAAAGCGGUCGUAUCGAAGUCAGUGGACAGUGAUGAAGAAGAAGAUGAAAAGACUCCAUCUGCAGCACCCAUUAAACCUGCUGGAAGGGGUGGUGGUGGUGGUAGAGGAGCCGGGGGCUCUGCAGCCGGUCGUGGUAGAGGAAGAGGAGGUGGCAGAGGAGGGUUUAUGUUUGGAGAGAGAAAAGAUCCUCCACAUAAAGGGGAGAAGGAAGUGCCAGAUGGUGCUCCUAAUUGUUUAGCGGGCCUAACGUUUGUGAUCAGUGGAACACUUGACAGCUUGGAGAGGGAGGAAGCUGAAGAUUUGAUCAAGCGUCAUGGUGGUCGUGUUACUGGUUCAGUCAGCAAAAAGACGUCUUAUCUUUUAGCUGAUGAGGAUAUUGGAGGCGUAAAAUCUUCUAAAGCGAAAGAACUUGGUGUAAAUUUUUUAUCAGAAGAUGGGCUGUUUGAUAUGAUCCGCAAGUCUAAGCCCCCAAAAGCUUCUCCUGAUGGAAAUUCAAAAAGGAAGGCAACUGAUAGUUCCCAGGCGAAGCCAAGCAGUGUUAGUUCUCCUGUAAAAGUUGAACAAAAGGGAAUGCCAUCCCCAGGAAAAAGGCUUGAAAAGGUUACUGAAAAGUCAAGUUCCUCUCCUGGUAAAGGAAAGCUUCAGACUUUAGUGAAACAUGCAUUGCCGUGGACAGAAAAGUAUCGGCCUAAAGUUCCGAAUGAUAUCAUUGGCAAUCAGUCAAUUAUCAAACAAUUGCAUGAUUGGUUGUUGCACUGGGAUGAGCAACAUCUACAUUCUGGCCAUAAGAGCAAGGGGAAAAAGCAGAAUGACGGUGCAUCUAAGAAGGCUGUGUUGCUGAGUGGGUCACCUGGUAUUGGGAAGAGUACUACUGCAAAGCUGGUUAGCCAGAUGCUUGGAUUUGAGGCUGUUGAGGUGAAUGCUAGCGAUAGCCGUGGAAAGGCUGACAGUAAAAUUACUAAAGGCAUUGGUGGAAGCACAUCAAAUUCAGUAAAAGAACUUGUCAAUAAUGCUUCCCUUUCUGUUAAUGUUGGCAGGACAAAGAAAACUAAGUCUGUUCUGAUAAUGGAUGAGGUGGAUGGAAUGUCUGCUGGAGAUAGAGGUGGUGUUGCUGAUCUCAUUGCUAGUAUAAAGAUUGCAAAGAUUCCAAUUAUUUGUAUUUGUAAUGACCGCUAUAGCCAAAAACUGAAAAGCCUCAUCAAUUACUGUCUGCCUCUUAACUUUCGAAAGCCUACAAAGCAGCAGAUGGCAAAGAGGCUGUCACAAGUUGCUGCUGCAGAAGGGCUACAAGUUGACCAGAUCGCUUUAGAAGAGCUUGGUGAAAGAGUUAAUGGGGAUAUGCGAAUGGCAUUAAACCAAUUGCAGUAUAUGAGUCUUUCUUUGUCAGUUAUCGGUUAUGGUGAUGUGAGAGAACGACUUCGUACUAGUGCAAAAGAUGAAGAUAUUUCGCCCUUCACAGCUGUGGACAAGCUCUUCGGGUAUGGUGGUGGAAAGUUGCGGAUGGAUGAGAGAAUCGAUCUAAGCAUGAGUGACCCUGAUCUUGUCCCUCUUCUUAUUCAGGAAAAUUACAUCAAUUAUCGUCCUAGUUUGGGAAGCAAAGAUGACAGUGGUGUUCAACGCAUGAAAUUAAUUGCUCGUGCUGCUGAAUCCAUUGGAGAUGGGGACAUAAUCAAUGUGCAAAUCCGUAGAUAUCGUCAAUGGCAACUAUCACAAUCUGGUUCUCUUGCAUCUUGUAUUAUUCCUGCUGCAUUGUUGCAUGGCCAGAGGGAGAUCCUUGAGCAGGGAGAGCGAAAUUUUAAUAGGUUUGGUGGAUGGCUGGGGAAAAACUCAACCAUGGGAAAGAAUCUGAGGCUAUUGGAUGAUGUUCAUAUUCAUUUUAUGGCUUCUCGUGCUUCUGAUGCAGACAGGGGUACAAUGCGCCUUGAUUACUUCCCACUUCUCUUGAAGCGAAUGACUGAUCCUCUUCGCACGAUGCCUAAGGAUGCUGCAGUUCAAGAGGUUGUGGAGUUCAUGGAUGCAUACUCAAUGAGUCAGGAGGAUUUUGACACAAUUGUUGAAUUAUCCAAGUUCCAGGGACAUCCUAAUCCGCUGGAUGGGAUACAACCAGCUGUAAAGUCUGCACUUACAAAGGCAUACAAGCAAGGAAGCAGUUCUCGCAUUGUUCGUGUAGCAGAUCUAAUCACCCUUCCAGGGCAGAAAAAGGCUCCAAAGAAAAGGAUUGCAGCAAUAUUAGAGCCUGUGGAAGAUGGUGUCGUAGAAGAGAAAGGUGAUGCUUUGGUGGAAGAUGAUGAAGAAGAAUCACCAGACACAGAAGACCCUGAAUCUGGUGCCAAGGAAGAUGGACCUGUGGAACUCUCUCUUCAGAAUGACAAAUCAAAAGGAAUACAAGUGCAGCUGGAUUUGAAAAAUGGAGCAACCACGAGUUCGGAAGCAGCAGCCUCAAAAGGUUCUGCCCAGAAGAAGACUGCUCGAGGCUCAGGGGGUGCCAAGAGGAAGAGAUGAAUAUGGAGAACUCUGUUUAAAAUGGUUGUCAAAUGGGAGGUUUCCCAAUUUUGUUUGUUUUCUUUGAAGUUUCUUUUUCUGUUCUUUCUUUUGUUUUUGGAGCCAUUUAUUAAAAUGGUCUUUCACUCAGUUGUUGGUUAUUUGUUGCCUUUUCUUCUUUACAGUUUUCUCUAGUGUACAUUAUGUUCAUAUCAAUUAGAACAUGUUCUUUAGGUUUUC